AUGCGUGCUCGAUUCAAAGGCCCAGCUGGCACCGGCAUCCUCGAGCUACCAGACGAUGCUACUGUUCAAGCCCUCUUUGAUGAAAUUCGGAUGAAGACUGGCAUUUCCAAAUUCGGUGUGAGAUACGGUCUGCCGAUGGCGAUGAAAUCUCUCGAAGCUACCCAGGGUGAUCAGAUUGCUCGAUCUCUUGGUCUUCACGGCGAGACACUUACCAUAGUUCCUGAGGAGUCAUCAUCUGCCCCUGUCGAGACUGUCCCGACCGGGACACCCCAAAGCCAGGUUACGGCAUCCAAGACAUCGAAAAAGAAUGAAAGUCCGGAGGAUGUGAACGUGCCAUGGCCUCAAAGAGAGGGUACUCUUCAAGAAUAUUCGGAAGCCGUUCUUGGCAGUCCACCCAGCCAAUACUGCCGAAGCAUCCAGGACCCGGACAGAUGGGGUGGUGGCAUUGAGCUCAGCAUACUAUCCUCUAUCUUUGACAUACAAAUAUGCACUUUCGAUGUUCAGACACAGAGUAAAAUUGAGUUCGGGGAGGAAAAGCAGGAUCGCUGCAUUCUCGUGUACUCCGGGAUUCAUUAUGACCGGGUUGCAUUCAGCUGCACUGACCCCCCUUACAAUUCCCCUACCUUACCCCCUGAGUAUGACCAAGCUGUCUGGCCUACUGGUGACGACGAUGUUCUCAAAAAGACCAAAGAGCUCAUUCAAAAGCUGAACAAAGCGCAUUACUACACAGACACAAACGGGUUGAUCUUGAGAUGCGACGUGCCGGGGUGCGACUGGAUCGGCAGUGGCCAGCUUGAAGGUCAAAAGCAUGCAGAGGCAACGGGUCACGUUGACUUGAGCGAAAUUCAAGAUGAGGGUGACAGCAUCCUACGUAAGUGCGAUGCACCUGGUUGCGACUUCAUCGGGCAGGGAGACAAAGCUGUCAGACAACACCGUGCCGACACCGCUCACCAAAGCUUCUCCGUCAUUCAUGACGCCUGACCGGCGUCGGACGUGACAAUUCAAACAUUGCUAGUACGUCGAGUCACUGCGGAAUGUUCAUUCACGGCUGAAAGCACGACGAGGCCUACAAGCAGCACGUUUGUAAGAUAUUAAGAGCGUUAGCGCUAGUGGGGAAGUAUAGUUUCCCCGGAAUGAUCGAUAUUCAAUUUUCUUGC